AUGUCGUCGUUCACCUCUUUCAAAGCUCUCCUCCUUGUUGUUGUUUUUGUUGUUCAUCUACUUGGACAAAUCAACACCGAAGAAGCAAAAAACGAAAUUGUCGGCUUAGCAAAGCACAGUUUAACAGAAGGAAUUGUAACACUUGUUGAAGGAUCAAAAAUUGCAAAAACAAAAGAGGACAUGGAAAAAUACAAGGAACGCUUUCUUGAAGCAUGUGAUGUUGAGUUGGAUAAUGAUGGAAAUAUAAAGCUUUUCUACUCCAAAAAUAGUUCUUCAGCAAACCUUGGCUGUACAUUGGAUCUUUUAACAAAUAUAGAAAAUGCGAUUGAAUUUGCUACAGGAUUGAAUCAUUCUUCGAGUUAUUCCAAGUGUUUGACUCAAGACUUUAACAAUAACACGUGA